UCGUGUCGGUUGUGCUUCUCCUUUCAUUUCGAUUCCUUCGCUGGUAUUCCUUCGUUACUCGAUUAAUUAAUAACGCUAUUGUAUAAUUUGUCUGUCGUGAAUCGACGGCGAACGUGUUGUGACACUUUUAAACAGAAUUCUGUGACCUGUGAAGUUUUCCAUUUUCGAAUUGGAAAAUGAAAUUCGAGUAAUAUGUGAUAUUUCAAAGAAUCUUUUGAACAUUUCUAAUUUUAUUUUUUGAUACCUGAAGUCUAAAAUUAUAUUUGGAAUAUACGCUGCGAAAUUGCCAAUCAAUAGCUUCUAAUCAGCUUAUGAUAAAGAUAAAUGUAAGACAGAGAUUGAUAAGGAACAGAUAAAAGAAGAUAAAGAGUAAAAUAUAAGUUAAUUGUAAGAUUAGUUGACCAAAAGUGUCGCUCUCUUUGUGGUGCCAUAAAUAUCAAAUUUUAAAUCAUCGUAUUAUCAAUUACCAGCAAAUGAAUGAUAUCUGAUCGUCGCGAUUUAUCGACGAUUGUGAGAGAAGAUCAAACAAGUAUCUUAGAAAUCUGGCUACAGGAUCGAUCAUCCUGUAGAUUUGUAUGGAUUAUCGGGAAUGGCAGGCUUUCCAGUCACUGCCUGGGAAUAUCCUAGACGUAGCCUGGGAAUAUCCUGGCAGUGUUCCCGCAUUCCAGAUCGUCGAGUCGAAGUUAUGAAAUACCGAAGUGGAAACGCUCGAGCUACCACGAGAGCACCCAGAUCAUCCAGUGCGGGCACCAACAAUCUACCACCAUUAACAUUUCACCAGGUUCAUGGUGAAAAUAUCAGACUGUGCAAUGGCGGGACCAUCGCCAGAAGAUACGAGAGCUUUUGCAGGGGCAUCACGUUCAGCGCGAGGCCCGUGCGAGUCGGUGAAAAGGUGUGCGUAAAGUUCCUCGAGAUCUCCAACAACUGGAGCGGGGUGAUACGGUUCGGUUUCACCAGCAACGACCCGAUCAACCUACGAAACGGUCUUCCAAGGUAUGCCUGUCCAGACCUGACGAACAAACCCGGUUACUGGGCGAAGGCCAUGGCCGAGAGACUGGCCGAAAGGGACACGGUACUCUUCUACUAUGUCACCUCGGCCGGUGACGUUCAUUUCGGUGUGAACGGCGAGGAAAAAGGAGUGUUCUUCAGCGGCGUCGAAACCCGUGGCCCACUGUGGGCUAUCAUCGACGUAUACGGUAACAGCACAGCGAUCGAGUUCGUCGAUCCCAACAGGCAACACUUCAACAACAUCAGGAGAGGCGCUGAGCAUAGCAACGAGGACAAUGCACAGCACAGCAGGCAUUCGGCCAUGGAUGAUGCGAGCAACGCAAGCAGGGACGUCGAAAGGAUCAUCGUUCCGUCCAUGCAGAGCAUGUCGAUCCAUCAUGAGCCUGACGUAGAGCUGCCUGGACUCAGGUUUCAGCCUGCCGGUGUCAUCUUCACGCCGUUACCCUUCCAUCCGACCCGAGGCCGGAACAUCCGGUUCAGCAAUCAGCAAUGCGUGGCGACGCGGACCGACACGGAAUUCUGUCACGGGUACGCGUUCACGAGUCGACCAUUGCUGCUGGGCGAACGUUUGGUCGUGCAAAUCUUAGCCACGGAGCCGAUGUACGUCGGCGCUCUUGCUCUGGGUCUGACUUCCUGCGAUCCAGCUCGACUGACCGCCGAGGACCUGCCGGACGACAGCGACCUUCUUCUGGAUCGACCCGAGUACUGGGUAGUCUCGAAAGACGUAGCCUCGAGUCCCCAGCCAGGCGACGAGAUAGCCUUCACGGUGACCCACUUCGGCGAGGUACAAAUGAGCAAGAACGGUGGACCGCCGAGCGUGGCGAUGCACGUGGACCAAAGUCUCCAGUUGUGGGCGUUCUUCGACGUCUAUGGUAGCACGCAAAGGGUCAGGAUGCUAGCGGAGAGGCCAACCUCCCCACCCAGACAACGACAGAGCAAUCCCUCGCCAGUGACCAUCCUCCAGCAGAAGCAACAGAAGCAACAACAGCAACACUCGAAUCACAGUAACGCGGCCACUGAGUUGUCCAGAUUCUCCGAGAUGGUUCAGUUCAAACCAGCCGUAGGCGGUGGUACCGUCCUCGUUGUGAACCUACCGCCUCAAACGGGCUACGUACCACCUUCCUCGUCCACUCCUCAGCCCACCUACGCAUCCUCGGCUGUGCACAGAAACUCGCACGUCCAUCUACCAACCGCGGCAGCAGCUGCAGCUGUGUCAGCCGCGUCCACCUCGCAUCCGAGCUCGUCCAGACAAUCCUCGCCACCUCUGACCGGCACCAUGGCCAGUACAGGCUCCUCCACCUACGUGGAACCAGUCAACUAUCAGAGCCUGGACGGUACUCUCACGUCCCAAGCAUCGUCUCACCUUCAACAGUGGAGCGAAGGACUUCAACCGACCCCUGGACAGCCGAACGAGUGUUCGGUAUGCUACGAGAGAAGCAUCGACAGUGUAUUGUACAUGUGCGGACACAUGUGCAUGUGUUACUCAUGCGCCAUUCAACAGUGGUGCGGCAAAGGUGGCGGUCACUGUCCUCUCUGUCGAGCGACCAUCAGAGACGUGAUCCGUAUCUACAGAUCCUGAACGACGGCGCAGAGAAUUCACGGAAGGAACAGUUACAACGGCUGAUUCAUCUGCCGACUCUUACUUUGUUGACCCUCGUCUCCUAGAAACGGACAAGCGUGCGAUCACUGCCUUUUCCAGCACGCGGUGUCCAUAAGAGCGAACGUUUCCUCUCUCGUUGUUCUCGUUUCUGCAGUAAUUCUACGAUGCUCAGGACGCGUAACGGUGUCUUCAGACUGUUCUGCACUGCCGAUUUUCUUCUGCGGUAUUCGCGACCCAUCCCUAUGCCAGUGGGGUUAAUUCAGUUACGGGGUCGUCGAUGGAAAGGGACCUCGUAGUUUCGGUACCGAUAAAGUACCAUCAUUUCUCAGGAUAAUUCCAUCAGCUAAUGGAAGAGGAUUCAAACCCCGAUGUCCAGAAUAGAGGAAGAUUCAGUGGGCACCUUUGAUGGGUGUAACCACCAGACGAGAACACGAGAUGUAUUUCUGUUAAAAGGAUCCUGAGUACAGGAGGAUCCUCUGUUCAUCGGUGUCAGGUUCGCGCAGUGUCGUUUAGAUGAACUGUAUAUCACUGUCAGACGAGUAAAUUAGAGAAAUCCGUACGCGUGUGCGCCUUCAAGAUCGACGAAGAACAAACAAGAAACGAGUGAUCGUAUGAAAGGUAUAGAAGAAACAAUGCGCGAAUGGUUGAAAAGAAUAUACAGUGAAAAGACAGAGUGAAUACAUUGAUCUUUAGGUAUUUUCACAAUCGACAUUAAAUAUUAUCGCUCUACCAUCGCCAAUUAACUAUUACUAUUAUCACCACUUACUGCUGCUACUAUUCUCAGCCUUUAGUUUGUUACGAUUAUUUUUAAUUAGUGAUAUACUUUAUUCGUUUACCCUUCUUAACGAGAGUAGCUUAUUCUUUAUCGCUCCAGACACAAACACAGGCAUCGCACCAUCGUCUCUUGACGCGUUUCGGAGUGACAAUUUUUAUUUAAACAAACGCGACACGUGUGUGAAGUAGCGUGAAGCUUUAUAUAAGUUUCUGUGAAUAGAUUAGAUUUUAUUUUAUUUUUUUUUUUUUUUUUUAACCCUUCUAUUCUCGUUGUUCCUUUCAAUUUUUGUUCUCGCAAACGGAACACGACUUUCUUACUUUCGACAAUAACUUUGUAAAAUGCUUGUCGUUUCCACGUGUGCGUAUUACGAUAAAAGAUAAACAAGCGGUUCGAGCGAAACUUGUCUAUGUGUGUUAUAUACCGACUACCUACAAUUAAUCGUACGUAUUACCAAAGAAAAUAGCGAAACCGUAUACUUCCUUCCCGCUCUGCGUACAUUCUUGAGGUCACCCACUCCUCCACGCAGCCAAGCCUUAAAUGGACGAUGGUUUUUUAUACGUUUUAGGACUUAGCGUUACCGUUUUCUACCGAGUUCGCGUGUCCCGACUACACCGUGAAAUAAAACAAAAGAAAAAUAAGAGAGAGAGAGAGAACAAUGAUACUCGCUGGCAAUGAUUGCAACGUGUUAACCCUUUGAUUACUCAACGCUAAGUAAUUUAUUCUACACGCGUUAAAUGAUACACAAGUUGAAAACGAAGAAAUUGUUUCGAUGCAACAUAGUGGCUGUUGGUAGACAAAGGGUUAAUUCUUGACAGAGAAAUCGUGCUAUUAAUGUUUGAAGCGUCCAAAAUUGAACCGAGUGUAAUUCGAGGAAAAUUUUCAUAUAAAUUAGGUUGUUGCAUUUUAUAUUAAGAGUAUCAACGAAAUCUUUGUAUAGUCUUUUUUAUCAAACUUUUAGCUUCAAUUUAAUGUACCAUAAGUGUUAUAAAAUAAUACAUUUCUGUCAGGAAAUUGUAUCAGAUUCUUGCUGUUCCAUUCGCAACAACCUGAUCAAUUCUAAUUAUCUAACUUCGAAUUAGAUUCUUCCUAAUUCAAUGAAACGGUUUAACGAGAGGUUGCACGUAUUUUAACCGCAGACUCAGCGUCGAAUUCCUACCUGAAAGGACCGUAUCGAAGAGUACAAGCAAAGUUACUAUACCAGGUUGCGUAGUCGUCCAGAUCGGACGAAGUUUAGAGGUUUUUAUCAGUGUUGAUGACUAAAAAGGGAAUUAUUUGAGGAUCCCGAGCGUGGAGAAUCCGUGGUCCAUCAAUGUUCCAAAAAAAAGAGCUGCAUCUAUGAAAAUGCUUCGCUAAAGUAGGCUGUUGAAGCUGAAUUUCGACCUGGCAAGGACCACCCGUGUCUCUAUACUCACGAUCCUCAUUUUGUUAUGGACUAAAAUCGAUUUAUAAAGUUCUCAACACCUCGUGCGACCGUUUCCGUUCGAUGCUCGAUCAGAACGCGGGAUUUCUCGUUGCAAUUUAUGCCGGCGAGUCGGAACACCGAUCAAUAUGACUGGCCGCGAAACGAUCGCGAACGAAUAUCGUUCCACGGCCCGUCGAUACGACGAGGAUUUAUUUUCGUACAGCCAACGAGACGACGCCAAACACAGGGCGACGUUUCUGUUUUUCCUUAACCGGCCCUCGACGGCCGUGCCUUACAGACGUUUAUCGGAUCUCGUAGCGUCUUCUGUUGUCGCGUUGACACACCCUUUUGCUCGCCGAGCUUUGCCGAUCGAAUUGAUCACCUAAUCUCGUCACGAUUCAACACCCUUCGGGUGCACUCCAAGUGUCGCCGAGGCAAAAAGUUAAUCGCGAAACGAGGAACCAGCGACCGAAUUUCCCGUUUCUCUUAUUUUUCCAUUUAUAGGAAAAUCUUUUUUUAGAAAUCGAACAAUAAAAUUGAAACUAUCAACUGUGCCAAAAUUUCUAUUUUACGUUUUAAGGAAUAUUUCACCGCGUUGAUCCUCGUUUCACCGAAUUUUUCAAAAGAAUCCGGCGAAGCAAAUUACGGAACAAGUUGCCUGUGAAAGCAAAUUGUUCAGCAAACGAAAGGAUGCUCGAAGCAUUCGCUGGAGAGAGAAGGGAAGAAGCGAUGGAAAUUGGGCUGAUGGUUCCUAAACCAUUCCCAAAUUAAGAAGAGAGAUAAAGACAGCUAAAUGGAAGAAGAAAAUUCUGCUCGAUCAAGGGAUACUCAAUUUAAAGGAAGCAGUAGUGAAAUCUCUAGUCCAGCGAGAGGCGGCUUUAAUUCGUCUGCCAAUCCAAAAAGAAAAAGAAAUCAUAGCGUUGAUUAAGAGAAAGAGAGAGAGAGAAAGGCAGUUUUAGAGAGAGAAAGAAACAUAGCAAGUAUGAAAGUGUAUGAGUGUAUGAGAGAGAGAAAGAAGAGAUUUUAUAAAAAAAAAAAGGAUACAAAGUUUUAAAGAAAGAAUCCGCUCUAAUUAUCGCGCGUUCGCCAUUGAGAAUCUCUUUUUUUCUUUUUGCUUUUUUAAUUAGGGUACUUUAUUAACACUUCGAUGACCUCGUUGGUUCUCACUAAUUUCCAAAUUGCAAUCAAGUGGUAAUUGCUGGACUAAAUAGAAAUGAAGUCUGGCCAUUGAAGUGUUAACAGAAUUAUAAAAUCAGGCUUUGAUCGAUAGAGUGUUCAAAUUUUCCCGGUUUUUCACGGGCAACAAUCACGAACUUCCGGUCGAAGAAAAGAUAGGAAGCUUUAGAGAAACCGAAAGAAGACACGUUUCAUAUUUUUCUUUUUUUUCUGUAGAAUUGGAUAUCCUAGACGAAUAUUACAUAAUAGAUAUCGCCAGAUCAAUGUAUAAUCAAUCGAUGAUUUUCUUGUUUCUUUUUAAUCAUUUCACUAAACAGAGAAGAAAACUCGAUGGAGUCUAGGAUCUCCUUGUUUGAUUGUCGAGGACACUCUUUUAGCUGUUCUUUAUUUUUAUUAUUAUUUUUAUUCAUAUCCAUAUUAUUAUUAUUACUAUUAAUAUUAUUAUUAUUAUAUGAUAUUGUCGUUUGUUCUUUGCAUCGCUCGGUGUGAUACGCACAAAAACGCUACGAGUUAAAUGCGUUGAGAAAUGUGUAUCGUUCUCUCAUAUCAUCUAAAUAAUUAUAAACGAAUGUGCUCUGUCCGUUUACGUCGCGAAUAAAAGAAGAAGCAUACAAAAAAAAAAAGAAUUGUCACCCUCUCCUACCCUGAGAUUUGAAAGAAGAUUCUAUGUGCGAUAAGAGUUCUCUGUAAGUGUAAAGAUGCCGAUUACGAAUUUAUACAUAUGUAAUAUAAUUCGUGUAGCCGCGUGUUGUCCUACACAAUAAAAAAGCCUGUAAUAUCUAUGAA